AUGAUCGUGGCGGCUUGUCUGAAAGCUAAAAGCUGGGGACAUGUGGCUGCCUGGAAAACGCCAACGAGGCUGAAACGGGAGAUAGUUGUAGAUCACCGGCGCUGCGGGCUAAUUGGGGAUCACGAGAUUGUCUCAUAUCCAGCCCCAAUUCCUCAUGUCUGGACUACUGUCUCUAGCUUGGGCCCGCCUCUGAAUGAGCCGCUUCAGCCUCUUCAGCUGAGGUUCAGGGCACCGAUGCUGGUCAUUGGAGCUGAGCAAGACGGGCUUCGCAUGCAUGGGCUACAUCCCACUGCUCUUACCAGCUCAGUCUUCCUGAGAUACCCUAAACCCCAGAAGGAUGUACGAUCCGGGGUUUUCAACAGGGCCAAUCAGUCAUGGUUGUGA